AUGGCAUCGUCGACCCCAAUGGAUACCGUUGUUGUCCCGCUGACUCCCUCGAAGCGCAAGUUGGAAGAGUUGGUUGAUGAGGUAGCUCCAUCCGCCAAGAGAAGCUCUGAAUCUGGUCCUAGUAGUAGCAGCGACGCCAAGAGACCUUGUAUAGAGCCGCAGGUUAACAACGAGAACAACAGCGACAAGGACACGGGAAUACGAAAGAAGCAAGCUUUAAUGGCAACUGCCCCGACGACGACGACAAACCACAUCCACUGCUACCACCACCACUACAAGCCACCAUGCCGCAAUUAG